AUGAUUCUCGUUCAGCAUAUUAACACCAGCGGUAAUGAAGACGACAAACUCAUGGCUUAUCAGUCCCGAGUAAUAUUCUUCUACUUGCGUACCGAUGGCGAGGCCUAUACUCAGGCUAUCAGUACCUGCUGGGAUAGUGAUGAAUCGACCGAGAGAUUCAAGCUCAAUAUGAACUAUGCUGUCUUUGAAGCCGAUAUCAACUAUGACCAGAUAUAUAAGAAUGCCGAGAAGAUCCAUAAAGUCUUCAAUAUUCUCAUGACUGAAAAUUUUGAGGAAUAUGUUGUGGAGGCAGGUGUGACUUCUAAGAUUUCGGUUGGAAAUAAGGAUACUCAACCAGGCGAACCAAGUGAAUCAGUUUCGACUGAUUCCUCGGGAUACUGA